AGUCCAAACCAAACUUGCUGAUUUAGUGGCAGAGCACCUUGAUCAUCUUCACUAUUUAAAUGAUAUUUUAUGUUUGAAGAUUGAUGCACUGAAUGACGUGCUUACAGAUCACCUUUUAAACAAGUUGUUGAUACCUCUAUAUGUAUAUUCUCUUGUGCAGAAAGCACCUCACCCUAACCCUGAGGAGGAUAAGCCUCAGGUUAGCUGUAUCGUCUCCCUUUUUCUUCUGUCACAGGUAUUUUUAAUUGUAUCUCACCACCCUCUUGUACAUAAACUGGCUUAUGUGAUCUUGAAUGGAGAAAUGUCUCUGUUUGAUAAUGCUGCUUCAAUAGCUUCUGCACUCCAUAAUGCUGGAGGCUCUUCUCAAGUAUCUGAAAAUGGGGUAGAUGCUCUUUCCAAUGAAAACUCUUCAAAUGAUGCUUUGCCAAGCUCACAGUAUUCAGAUACAAGCAGUAUGGAUCCUACUUCAGAAGGUGCAAAUAUAACAGAUGAAGAAAAAGUGGUUGCCGCCAAAAAAUACAUCCAAACAGAAGCUAUACAGAAAAUUUUUAACUUGUCACAAAGACCCUUUCUGCAAGCAAUCUUUACAGCUCUGGAUAGCACCGAAAAUGAUCAUGCUGCACUUUUUGCCUUAUGUGUUCUCUAUGCUUUAGGGUAUAACCCAGGUAUUAAUCAAGAUCUUCUUGACACAGUUCUGAUGCCUUCAAAUAAAUCAGAAACCAAGCUUUGCUACAAUGUAAAUUUGGUUGACAGAAUGAUAGAAAUCAUUAAACUCAGUUGUCAAUAUAGCAGUAAAGUGCGAAUAGCUACUCUUCAAAUGACUCUUUUGCUUUUGAAGCAACUUGCUGUGCGAGGAACUGAAAGUUUUCUGCUGGACAGGCACUUAGCUGCAAUUGAACAAUGUCGAGAAGAGAGCACGUUCUUACUUCGUAAUUUUUACAAAAGUGAAGAAAUUUUCUUGGAUAUGUUUGAAGAUGAAUAUGAGGAAAUGAAAAAAAAAACGCUUAAUGUGGAAUACUUGAUGAUGGAUGCAAACCUGCUGUUGCCUCCUACGGGUACUCCUAUGUCUGGCAUUGAAUUUCAUAAACGACUUCCAUGUGGAGAGGUUGAAAGAGCAAGGAGGGCUAUUCGAGUGUUUUUUCUGCUGCGAGACCUUUCCCUUACCUUGCAGAAUGAAACUGAAACUCAGCUCCCUCUGACCAAUCUAUCCGCUUGCAUCAAAGUGAAUGAUGCAUUAGAUCUCAAUAAUAGUGACCUAAUCAGUUGCACCGUUUGUACCAAAGAUAAUCAGAAAAUAAAGGGCUUUAUGGUGAUUGAUGCUCUGCAGCUGAUUCUUGUCGACCCUGACACAAAGCGUGUUGGUUGGGGAAUCGCCAAAUUUGUUGGAUUUCUGCAAGACAUUGAAGUGACAGGUGAUAAGGACGACAGUCGAUGCUUGCACAUCACCAUCCACCGACCAUCAAGCAUCGCCUCUGGCAGCAUUCGUUCCCCUCUCCUCGCUGCCAAGUUUGUUUUUGAUGACCACAUCCGAUGCAUGGCCGCCAAGCAGCGUCUUAGCAAAGGCAGACAGAAGGCACGCCAGAGGAAAUUAUACCAAAUAGCUCGCCUUUUAGAAUUGGCUGACCACAUACAACCUUGCCCUUCGCCUCUGAAACAUGGCAUUCACCCAGCCGUCAAGUCAGCGGAAUAUUCUUCGUUAAUGCAUCGCAGCCAGUCUCAAGACACAGGCCUUCGUGGGAGGCCUACACCAGGGCAAGCGAGACAUUGCCACCAUCGGCCAUUGAUGCCCACUUUUCCGGGGCACGUCACUAUGCUGAAGCACAGAGAGAGUGGAGAAUCUUCCAAUGCUUCUGAAAUCCCCGAAAAAAGCUCACGUCCUAGUGAAAGGAGGCGUAACAGUCCCUCAUCGCCUAAGAGACAUGGAUCACGAUCAAGGGAGUCUUCGCCCAGGCAGCAAGGAGCCAACAGCUGUGAAGAAAUUCCUCUUGAAGACUUGUCGAGGAUGCAUUCCUCUCGCCAUGGAAGUCCGAGCAUAAGACGUCGUAGCACGCCUGGUUUGCCUCAGGCUAGAAUCAGUGCUCCACCAGGACUUUGCCACCUCCACCAGCAGUUUGCAAUUGGACACAGCCAUAGUUCAACUACAAAUCUCAGCGAAAAAGUUUCGACUCAGGGGGAACAUGGUUCUGCAUCAAAUGAUGAAUUAUUUGCCGGCUUUACGGUUCCCACCGAGUCUUCCCAACCAGCUGUAAAUACUUCAGAAGUUCAAGCCACUGAAGCACCUACCUUAGUACCCUCUGAUCAACCCCUCAGUCCUGCUGAUGCAUCAUGUAGUAAACCUUGCUGUGCAGCUGAACAAUCAGAUGAAAAAUGCCAUUCAAGUCAAGUUGAAGAUCCAAACAGUACGGCAGGCAGCUCAGCAAAUUCCAACCAAAAUAUGGAUUCCUUGCCUGCUGAUGGAGAAACGUCUAUAGAUAGUACAAUUUCUAAUUCAACAUCGAAUAAAGUAAAAGGAGCGAUACAGACUAUAUAAACACCUGUAUCAUCUACAUGCACCUGAAUUGUGUACAAUAUUGUAUUUGUUGUGUUGUUGAAAUUUAUUUGUUAUAAUUUUAAAUAAUUUCUUGUUUUUUUUGCUUGAUUCACGUAACACUUUUCACAUGCAAUGCUCAAUAGUGUAAAGAAUAAAAUUUAAUUUU